CUCCUCCCUCCUUUCCUUGAAACCCCCGAGCCAAAUACUCAUGCACUCACUGUGUGUGCGUCAAAGCGCGGUCUCUUCCGCCGCACGGGACAAAACCGCACGCAGCUGCUUUCAUUUUCCAGUGCUGUAAACUGCACGCGCAGGAGUGGAGCUCGCGCUUCUCGCUGCAGGGAUAUCACCUCUUACAAAAAGGACAAGAAUACACAUUUUUCAUCUGAUAACCACCACGCAGGUGGCAGUUACAAGUACCGUUUGGUUGAAAAACAAACUUGUAAAUCCUAGCCGUCCACAGCGCCACCGUUUUUAAUGUGUUUCAUGUGUUUGCGCUCAACAGUGAGGUAGACCUAUGCGGGCACAUUUUACAGGAGUGUCGGCGUGUGAUUUAUCCCGUGGAUGCUGCUGUCGGGGUCGGUGUCUGAGCCCUGCAGGACCAGCCUGUCAUAGGGCAUCAUGGUUUCUCUGGUUCUUCACAAGUGGAUGAGGAAUACUUCACCGGAGAUGCUGCUGUUGGUGCCGAUAUUGUGGCUUUUACCUCUGACCGGAGCGGCUCCGUCUCAGACUACCGAGCAGCUGGACUCUGGGGUGGACUGGCUGAGUAAGUUUGGCUACCUACCACCUCCUGACCCAGUUACUGGUCAGCUUCAGACCAAGGAGGCCUUGACCAAGGCCAUCAAAGCCAUGCAGAAGUACGGAGGGCUGAAGGAGACCGGAGUCUUAGAUCAAGCUACACUGGGCCUAAUGACAACACCCAGAUGUUCUUUGCCAGAUGUGUCUGAGGCAGAGGUGACAGUGGGCCGCAGGAAACGAAGCCCAACUCCUCAGAACAAAUGGAAUAAGAGGCAUCUGUCCUGGAGAGUGAGGACCUUUCCUAAGGACUCAGCCUUACUGGGCAGGGACACUGUUCGAGCCCUGAUGUACUACGCCCUAAAGGUCUGGAGUGACAUCGCCCCACUAAACUUCCAUGAGGUGGCCGGCAGUGACGCAGACAUUCAAAUCGACUUCACUAAGGCCGACCACAAUGAUGGAUAUCCCUUUGAUGGGCCAGGCGGCACCGUGGCGCAUGCAUUUUUCCCCGGAGAGAGGUUCACAGCUGGGGAUACACACUUUGAUGAUGAUGAGGCCUGGACUUUCAGAUCUCCAGACUCUCAUGGGAUGGAUCUGUUUGCAGUUGCAGUCCAUGAGUUUGGUCAUGCCAUCGGCCUGGUGCACACCUCAGCCAUAGAGUCCAUCAUGAGACCAUACUACCAGGGACCUGUAGGAGACCCUCUGAAAUACGACCUACCCUAUGAAGACAAGGUCCGCGUCUGGCAGCUCUAUGGUGUCAGAGACUCAGUGUCCCACACAAACCGACCUGGUAACCCCUCCCAGACGGCUGAACCUCCUGUCCUGCUGGACCUUCCUGAAAACAGAUCCACUCUCCUGCUGGCGCGAGAUGCCCCAGACAGAUGCACCAGUCACUUUGAUGCAGUGGCCCAGAUACGAGGGGAGGCCUUCUUUUUCAAAGGAAAGUUUUUCUGGCGCCUAACAAGAGAGAAGCACCUGGUGUCUCUGCGUCCCGCUCAGAUCCAUCGCUUCUGGAGGGGCCUCCCACCCAAUCUGGACAACGAUGACCACCUGAGACGUAUGGACCUGGGCUACCCUAAAGACAGCUCGCUUUGGAAGGGGCUGCCACCACAACUAGAUGACGCCAUGAGGUGGUCUGAUGGCUCGUCCUAUUUCUUCAAGGGGAAGGAGUAUUGGCGAGUGCCUAGCAGCGACAUGGAGGUGGAGGCAGGAUACCCCCGCCUCAUCGCUAAAGACUGGCUGCUCUGCACCCAGAUGCAGUCGGACUCUCCGGACACAGAGCCCAAAAGCACGGAGACAAGAGUCAACGUGCACCAUCACCCAGACCACGCAGAGAAUGGAUACGAGGUGUGCUCCUGCACCUCUGACACCGCCUCACCUUUGGGCGCCCGCCCCUCCCCAUCUCCCCUGUGGCUGCUGCCACCUCUCUGGACGCUCUCGCUGGCUCUCCGCUCUGAACUGCUAUGAUGCCAAACGCAUGGGACAAAGUUCUUGAUCUGAUUGGUUAAGAGCCUGCUGGACACUUAGCAGAAGCAACAUUUGGAACAUUUUCUUCUUCCAUGAUUUGGUAUCCUUUGGUUAAAUUUUGCUGUUAUUUAUUUGACAUGUCAUUUUGUGGGAACUGCUAGCUAAAGGAGUCAUCCUUAUGGCCAUCAACCUACUCAUGCUUUACAAAUUUGUUUUUACUGAAUGCUCAAACUGCCUCAUCUCUGCAAGGAAAAAAAGGUUAUAGAAAUAUAUUCCAAUAGCACAGUGAUAAUUUGUCUUCAUGUGCAGCAGGUUCACAGCUGCAAUGCCUCACAUGCAGACAAGUUAAAGGCAUUCUGGGAUGAAGGCAAGUGUAAAGGUGAGCAGUGUAGCAACACACAUUGUUGCUUAUUUCAUGAAAUUACAGCAAAAGCUUUGUUACACGGUCGGUUCACCAAAUUUUGCUCAAAAUUGCCAAAAAACAUACAGUAUGUUCUCACUUACUUCUAAUGGUAUCUAGCAAUGUAGAUGGUUUUAUUUUUAUGUAAUGGUUUCCGCUUCCACCCAAUACAGUGGAGAUGAAAGGAAUGUGUGCUGUUCGACACACUGAAAGAUUACACUCGGAUAACUACACAGUAUUGUGCCUUUGCAAAACAAUGUCAGUGUUACUCUGGAUAAUCCAUAGAACUCAUCAGGACCAAUUCCUCUUUCAAAAGUCGAUUCAAUAGCAACUUACAACAAAGUAUGUAGAUUAUCCAGAGUAACAUUUGGAUUUUAAAUUAUAAAAGUUAUUUUUCAAUGCUGUGUGCACCACCAACACUUUCCAUUCACUUAACAUUCCGUGUGACUGUGUAAGGAUAGAUGGAUGAGUAGGUGGAUGGACUGUCACCACCGGUUUCCUUCCCUUAACUCCACACUCAAGUGAGGAACUGCUGCUCACGCAUUCUAACGGUUAAAUCAUUUGCACCUCUGGUUCAGAAGCAUUUCCUCCUCUUGGUUUAGUUGUAUCUCAUGUAUCAAAUUCUGAUUGAAUAAUAGUUUAAUUUACAUUCUUUGAUCAGGUCAUAGAGUUUGAGUGGUUUUUUGACUUUUUUUUCGUUAUCACUCCGAGCUCCACAACUUGUCCCUUGGAUUUAUUCUUGCUGUAAAGAUAUAUUUACCUAGAGACAGAUAUAUUUGUGUUAAAAUGUUCUGCAGUUAUUGCAUAACCAAGUGGAGUGUGUAUAUUUUAAGCUGUGUUUUCUAAUGUAAAAUAUUUUUAUAGAAAAAUUAAACAAAAUCUGAAUGAUUUUAUUGGCUAAAUAAAUGUGUAUGGAGACAGA